CUAUAUACUUCUUUCCUUCCUUACGCCCUCCUCACUUAUCUCUCUAGCUUGACUGUUCUUCAUCUGUCUCUCUCUCUCUCUCUAUCGCACUCUCUCUAGCUCUGGUUGUGCUGAGGAUUCAGGAAGACAAUACCGUGUGCUUUUCAUCCCGCUUUUGUACCAGUUCUUUGAGGGCAAUAAGUAGUAGUUGUGGCUACCUGUCCAGGAAGAAGAAGAAGAAGAGAAAGAAGAAUAGAACAGCAUGCUCUGGUGGUUGAUGAGUAUUUCUGUUGACGUGUUUCGAAAAGUCAUCCCCUUGAAUCUGUAUUGCAGGGUUAUUCUGUAACUUGACUUCCCAUUCAAGAUCCUUAAAGAUCCUUUCCUACUGUAGCCUUGACUAUUUCAAAUGGGAUCCUCUUUCUUCGUCGUUGUUCCUUGCUAUGUCCGUCAAAUCAGUUGAAUCUGUCCUACUGUAUAAGUGUUCUCACGGAUUCCGUGUUUCCUUGGAGUAGUUUCCUCCUGUUUCCCAAACCCCUUUGUGCGUGUUGCUUCUGGUAUUUAAGAGUUUGCCAGCCUUUCAAGUUCUCUGUAGGUUCUAGGUCCUAUUUUUCGUCCCUGGAGUUGUUUCCUUCUGCUUUUUGUGGGUAUUUGAAGGGUUUGAAGUGUAGUAAUGGUGGGCCAAGCGGCUGGUCAAACAAGAUUCCGGGCAUUGAAACACUUAAAUGGGAUUGCUGGGAGUGCUACGAUAAUUGUUAGAGUUAUUGCAUGCUUUCAACCUCUUCAGGAUUGCCAGGCUGAAUAUUUCCGUCACUUGCUUAAGCCUGUCACGUAGAUAGACUUCCUCAGCACUGUCAUCUUUAGCUGCUCUGUUUCUAGUUUCCCUUUCUUUCUUGUCAUUUUCAACAAAGAAGCGAACUGUCUGAUCAGCCACCUCAACCAAUACUAAGUCCUUGUUCAGGUGAUUGUUUGUUUGAAUGGGGGAGGACUCUAGACCUUUAUUUCCUCAGCGAUCUUUAAGUUCACAAUCCCCUGACAUCCAUUCAAUGAGUGCCCCAUUUAUCGAUUCUACUGGCCUUAGCACUCAUGCAUUCAAUAUGAUUUCCUCUCCAGAAGGUUCACCAAUGUAUGCUUUUCCUAAAGUACCCAAUUCUCGGAUUGGCCAUUUCAACCAACCUCAGGGUUGGUUCUACUGCUUGCCACGAUUCCGCCAGGCUUUUACUCCGGGACCCAACUACUCAGCACUAAAAGAGAAGUUGCCUAUUGACUGUUAUGGGAAUUCCAACUUGAAUGCUGAGAAGAAAUUCCUUGUGUUUGAUCAAUCGGGGGAUCAAACCACUGUCAUGGUGAGCUCUGGGCCGGGGACUACAUUCCGUUGCAUGACUUCUUGGACCUUGAAGCAGCCGGUGCAGCCCAAUAUGGAUGUUGAAGGUCAUGGGGGUAAACUUGACUCUUACCCCAAUUCUGGACCGACAUCAGGGAAUAAUCUCUCUGGCAGCAAUGAAGAAACUGAUGUGUCGAGUGAGAUGCAUGAGGACACGGAGGAGCUGAACGCGCUGCUCUAUUCUGAUGACGAUGACGAUGAGAGUUAUUAUUCCGAGGAGGAUGAUGAGGUCACUAGCACGGGACAUUCUCCCAGCACGAUGACAGCCCACGAGGGACUGCAUCGUUUUGACAGGGCUGACAAGGAGGAGGUUGCAAGCUCUGCUUGGCCCAAGAAGAGAAAGCUGAAUGAAAAUGAUGUGGAAGCUCUUGAUGACACUGCGAGCUCCGGUGACAUAAAUGGACAGUCAAAUUACUUGUCUAAUGAUGAUUAUGCGGAGUCCAGUUGUGCUGACCGGGAGAGUUAUGGUUUCCAAAAGAUGGGUUUGCCUUCUGCGGAGAGCAAGAGGAUACGGAGGGAGAAGAUACGCGAGACCGUGGGGCUUCUCCAGGAGAUGAUUCCCGGUGGGAAAGGGAAGGAUGCAGUAGUUGUUCUUGAUGAGGCUAUUGAUUACCUCAAGUCGUUGAAGGUGAGAGCCAAUGCCCUCGGGCUUGCCGCUCUGUAAAUCACGCUGUAGGCCGGUGAUCCCAUUAGUAGCAGUAGUAGAGUAUUAGUAGUGGUAGUGGUAGUGCUGCGUAAUUAGUUUGUGUCUUGUUUGACGGGCAUUUCGGGUCAGUUUGAAGCACUUGCGCCGGAGUGGAGGAGAGGCCCUUUUGGAGAAGGGAGCUCAGUACCAGAGCUGUGCUAUGAUGAGUUCACGUCUUACAAGGAUCAGAGAGAGCGCAGGAGGAGCUUUUAUUUGGGUUGGAGUGAAUUGAGGUGACCGAUGAAAGAAGCCGAGUGCAUGCCCACUAAUGCUCUCUCAGCCUCUCUGGGCCCCAUCUCUCACUUUACGUCUAACCCCUCUUUUAUCAACAUUCUCUUGAACGCCCCUUUCCCUUUUGCGUCAAAGAUGCCAUGAAGAUUUUGGAGCUCCGCAUGGGAUGUUCUUUCAGAUAUCCAAAGCGAUCUUAUCACGGCCGUUGGAUCAGUGGAUGCGCGGAAGGACGGGAAUUGUGUUCGAGUGGCUUUUGAUCGACAGCCCUCUCGUGUGAGAAAGCGGAUUGAGAGGAACGUGAACAUUGGGAUGUAAUGUGAGCUUUUGGAUGUUACUUUUGAUUGGUGAAUGCAUGAUGUGAACCUUUUUUUUUUUUUUUUUGUAGCGUCUUGGUUGGGUGUAAUUUAUUUGCGUUUGUGUCUUGGUUGGGUGGUGGUGGGGGUGGUGUCUUCUCACCUUUUAUGAGACAGUGAUGUGUUACUUGUAAUUGAGGACGGGGCCCUUCAUGACGGCUCAAACCAAACAUCCACCUCCAUUAUAAAUCCGCAUGCGUAUUCUUCAUAA